CCCAGCUCUACUUAUACCAAUCCAUCGUCCCCCCAGAGUGCCCUAGACUAUUCGGCGCACGCAUUUCGUCUAAACAAUGUAAUUCGCCUCAAACAACGGCAGGCGUCGUCUAGAAGCCGCAUACCCACCACGUUGUGGAGAACCCCCGAAAAUAGGGCGUUAACGCAAUCAAACAUCGCCUGCAAUCGCACCUGCAAUGCGUCGUUCAUGUCGGUCAUGGCCUGA